AUGGGAUUGGUGAAUGGCUGUGAAUAUAAGUAUACAUCCAAGAUGCUGUUAGCUGCAAUUGAUGAGUGCCAUAGAGGAACUUAUGAUUUUGUCUAUCUGCCAAUUGAUUUCAGGUUGCAGAACAAUGGCAAUGUGGGAUAUGCAUUCAUCAACAUGAUCAAUCCUGGCUUGAUUAUACUAUUCUAUCAGGUGUUCAAUGGGAAGAAAUGGGAGAAAUUCAACAGUGAGAAAGUGGCAUCACUAGCAUAUGCUCGCAUACAAGGGAAAGCAGCUCUCAUUGCUCACUUACAAAAUUCAAGCUUGAUGAAUGAGGAUAAGCACUGCAAGCCUAUCCUCUUCAACGCCGAUGGCCCUAAUGCCAGUGAUCAGGUUCCUUUCCCAGUUGGCAUUAACAUUCGCAACAAAGUUGGAAGAGUGAGAAACAAUACUCAGGAGGAUAACCUGCAAGGAAAUCUGCCAAAUUUUGCAAACUGUAAGCUCUCAUCUGAUGGAGAUAGUCAUUCAUUGGACUCAGACUAAGGAAGCCAUCUUUCUCUCUUCUUCCAUGUCAUUAAUUUUAGUGGGUGCUAACCUUUGGAAACCAAAUGAUCUAGUCACAUUAAUAAAGCUGCUAAUGCUUGGAGCACAUAAGUACCAACACUAACCUUAAGACGAGAAAUUUUCUAGUUCUUUUGGCUUUGGAUGCCAAAUCCAAACAUGGUUGAAGUUUAUGUUUCAAGAGGGGCUGUCAGAAAUUUUCAUAUGCAAGAGUACUAUAUAAAAAAAUUACACAUACAGGAGUUUCACAUUGGAGAGUGGAGAAGCUUGUAAAAGUGGUUUGAGGGGAACUUAUUAGUCUGUAUCAAUUUUAUCCUUUGGUUCCCCUCUUCCUCUCCUUGUUUUUUCUUCAGGCAUCUUUUUUUUUUUUUUUUUGUAAAUUGUUGAUUUUGGAGUCCAUCUCAUCCCAAACUCAUGAAAAUUUUGAUGAACUGUUUAUGUGCUGUGCCAAAGCCGUCUUUGGUUGUUCAUCAUUGUUAAUGUUUGGUGUGCAAGCAUACUCUUGUAUUCACCUUUUUCCUUGUAAAGAUAUAACUGGAUUUCUAAACCA